AGACCAUCCGUGCUACUUGCUCUUGUGAGAUCUUGGGCAGGUACCUCUCACCUCUCAGCCUUAACACACUUUCCUGUGAAAUGGGGACUGUGGUCAUCCCUUCUCUGAGUCACUGAGAGUGAGGACACAAUGGCCCAGUGGUUGUUGUGAAAGAGUUCUGGCCUUGACACCAUCUAUAAGGACACCCAUUUGUGGGUUCUACCAGGCCUUGUGACUCCCAGGGCCUGAGAGGUUAGCAUACUAGUGCAUACACGUCCACGUGAGGCACUGAGGACACAGCCAGCAUGAACUGGGGGUUUCUACAAGGGAUCUUGAGCGGUGUGAACAAGUACUCCACUGCACUGGGCCGCAUCUGGCUGUCGGUGGUCUUUAUCUUCCGAGUGCUGGUGUACGUGGUGGCAGCAGAAGAGGUGUGGGACGAUGAACAAAAGGACUUCAUCUGUAACACCAAGCAGCCAGGCUGCCCCAACGUCUGCUAUGACGAGUUCUUCCCGGUGUCCCAUGUGCGUCUCUGGGCCCUGCAGCUCAUCCUGGUCACCUGUCCUUCCCUGCUUGUAGUCAUGCAUGUGGCCUACCGAGAAGACCGGGAACGCAGACACCGCCGCAAACAUGGACCCAACGCCCCAGCCCUGUACAGCAACCUGAGCAAGAAGAGGGGCGGCCUGUGGUGGACAUACCUGCUGAGUCUCAUCUUCAAGGCUGCCGUGGACUCGGGUUUUCUCUAUAUCUUCCACCGCAUCUACAAGGACUAUGACAUGCCACGAGUGGUAGCUUGCUCUGUGGAUCCCUGCCCCCACACCGUGAACUGUUACAUCUCCCGACCCACGGAGAAGAAGGUCUUCACCUACUUCAUGGUAGUCACAGCAGCCAUCUGCAUCCUACUCAACCUCAGUGAGGUCGCCUACCUGGUGGGCAAGAGAUGCAUGGAGGUCUUCCGUCCCCGGCGCCGGAAAACUCGGAAGUCACAUCUACCAGAUACAUGCCCACCAUAUGUGAUCUCCCAAGGAGGCCACCCCCAAGAUGAAAAUGAUGGCCUAACAAAGGUCGGGAUAGCCACAGUGGAUGCAGGCCGGAGCUCCAAGCAUCAUCAACAUCGCCCUCAUCUCACAUGGGACUUGUCAACUGAUGCUCACCGUCCCCCUAGAAUGGCAGACCCUCGCAAGGCAGGAGCGGCACCCACCCCACACCGCACAUACAGUAAGAGGAUAAUAAAUUCUCACUGAGGUGAUCACCACAAAGAAUUUCUGCCCCACCCAUAUACCCACUCUUCUUCUGCCCCUCCUGCUUAUGCGGAAUUCCAGGCCCCUCAGUCCUACUGGACACACCCAUCACUACCCCUUUGCUGGCUGUGCUGAAGCAACCCCCACAGUAGGAGGGAGGCCUUUGUGGACCCUUGCCCUUCAGCCCACCUGAUCUCUGGUUGUUGGCCAUGGUGGCAGCCUUCUCAGUUUCCCCACUCUCAAAUUUUCUAUCCCAUUCCAUGUAUUUACAUCCUGUUUUCCAGAAGUAGAAACCCUUCUUGCAACUGCCUCCAAGCCUACAGACCACCCCUGCCUUCCUCCAUCCUUCCCCUGAGCACAGGGAAAGGGUUAGGCCUGCACCUUCUAAUUGCCCAAGCUCCCCACCAGUGCUUUGGGUCCUUUCUCUGGACUCUUUGAUCUCCUACCUCUGUCUGCCCAUUCAAGUGUUCUCAAAUCUUUCCCACCUCAGAAAGAAAGAAAGAAAGAAAGAAAGAAAGAAAGAAAGAAAGAAAGAGAGAGAGA